UCAUGUGUGUGUGUGUGUGUGUGUGUGUGUGUGUGUGUGUGUGUGUGUGUGUGCCUACAGGUAGUUUAUUAGACUUCUUAAAGAGUGACGAGGGCAACCGUGUCCAGCUCCCCAAGCUCAUCGACUUCUCUGCCCAGACCGCAGAGGGCAUGGCCUACAUUGAGCAGAGGAACUACAUCCACAGAGACCUGAGAGCUGCCAACAUCCUGGUCAACAAGGCUUUAGUGUGCAAAAUUGCUGACUUCGGCCUGGCUCGUAUCAUUGAAGACAACGAGUACACGGCCAGGGAAGGAGCCAAAUUCCCCAUCAAAUGGACAGCCCCUGAGGCCAUCAACUACGGCUCUUUCACCAUCAAAUCUGAUGUCUGGUCCUUUGGCAUCUUGCUGACAGAGAUUAUCAGCUAUGGACGCACACCAUACCCAG